AUGGCACUUUCUCUCUCACAGUUCACUUCAUCCCCAUCUCUUCCUGCGUCAUCGGCAAGAACAUCCACCAAUUAUCGAAUCAUCUCAACAACAAUCAAAUCCACCCUAAAUCCAAUCACCAAUUUCCCCAACACCACCAUUCUCACCGCCGCAAACGGGAAGAAGAACCACCGCUUCGCCGUCAUCGUCAACGCCGCAGAAGAACAACAACAGCAGCCCACCACCGCAGAAUCCGAAUCCACCCAAAAGCCCUCCUCCGAUGAAGAAUUAACUGAACUGGGUACGGAGAUCAAAAAGGCGAUGAUGGAUAGAGAGAUUAAGAAGGAUGAGAGUGUAUGGGCCGGAGUAGUGGAUGAGAUAGGCCGGAUCGAGUGGCCGGCGUUCAAUAAGGUCCUCGGAACGACGGGGGUCGUGCUCGGCGUUAUUGCUGGUUCCAGCGUCGUUUUGCUUACUGUUAAUGCCGUUUUGGCGGAGCUUUCCGAUCGGGUGUUCGUCGGCCGUGGGGUUCAAGAUUUUUUUGGCUAA